AUGGUACAUCUACAUGCAGUGAGGGAAAACCUUAAAAUUGCUAGGAAGGACUUCGCAAAGACUGAAGAUGACUUGAAGUCACUGCAAAGUGUUGGACAAAUAAUAGGAGAGGUCCUUCGUCCUCUUGAUAAUGAACGCUUUAUUGUUAAGGCUAGCAGUGGUCCAAGAUAUGUCGUCGGUUGCCGGAGUAAAGUGGACAAGGAAAAGUUAACUUCUGGAACUCGUGUUGUGCUGGACAUGACAACUUUGACAAUCAUGCGCACUCUGCCAAGGGAGGUGGAUCCUGUGGUGUAUAACAUGCUACACGAAGAUCCAGGCAAUGUCAGUUACUCGGCUGUAGGUGGCUUGUCUGAUCAAAUCAGGGAACUCAGGGAAUCAAUCGAGCUGCCUUUAAUGAACCCUGAAUUGUUUCUCAGGGUUGGAAUUAAACCUCCCAAGGGUGUUCUACUCUAUGGCCCACCAGGAACUGGGAAGACAUUAUUAGCGAGGGCUAUUGCCAGUAAUAUUGAUGCUAACUUUUUGAAGAUUGUGUCAAGUGCUAUAAUUGACAAAUAUAUCGGAGAAAGUGCUCGUUUAAUCAGAGAAAUGUUCGGCUAUGCACGCGAUCACCAACCGUGCAUUAUCUUCAUGGAUGAAAUCGAUGCAAUUGGUGGGAGAAGAUUUAGUGAGGGAACCAGUGCCGACCGUGAGAUCCAGCGGACGCUGAUGGAGCUUCUUAAUCAGUUAGAUGGAUUUGAUGAGCUUGGCAAGGUCAAGAUGAUCAUGGCAACAAACCGGCCUGAUGUUCUUGACCCUGCGCUCCUGCGCCCUGGACGUCUCGACAGAAAGAUUGAGAUUCCACUACCAAACGAGCAGUCAAGAACAGAAGUACUUAAAAUUCAUGCCGCUGGUAUCGCCAAGCAUGGAGAAAUAGAUUAUGAAGCGGUAGUGAAACUGGCUGAAGGAUUCAACGGGGCUGAUCUUCGCAAUGUCUGCACCGAAGCUGGCAUGUCUGCAAUUCGCGCAGAGCGGGACUACGUAGUCCACGAGGACUUCAUGAAGAUCUUGCAGCAAUGGAGAUGCCCCUUCUCUGUAAGCGUGCCGGAGUUCAGCUUCGCUGUAGGCAUCGAAGCAACUGGCUGGGAAGCUGAAGCUGUUGCUCCCUUCAUGCUGUGCAGUCAAAGUCAAAAGAGGACCAUUCAAGAAUUUUAA